CCCACCACAGGGUUAACGUUGGAGUUUGGGUCAGCACCACCUGAGAAUAAAUGACAGAUAAGAUGUUUCAAAAAACUGGUCCAUUUUCUCCUGACAGAUGAGAAGUAUCCAGCAUCAGACAGAGAAGAACAACAAAGAGAGUUAUUGUGCUCUGAGGCCCAUGCAUGAUGACUCCACCCACACCUGUGAUAACCCCUCCUACAUGAACUUAAUAAAAGACAGAGACACACACUCCAUGACGGAGGAAACAUCUUUAACAGCACACCUCUCUGAUACCGACAGAUGAUUUUGAGCACCUGUUCUAGUCGCUGCUGUGAUGAUGUUUCUCUCUCGCUGUCUUCGUCUCAUCCUACGUGACAUCCUCACUCAGUCCUGCCUACAUCAGUUCCUGCUGGAGUUUGUAGGCACUGCCCUCUUUCUGUCUGCCAGCCUAACAGCUGUUCUGAUAAGAGCCGACCUGAGGUCAAUAGCUGGUCUGACCAAUCAGAGCCAUCCUUCUGAAGGUCCUCCUCACUCUGGACUUGUGGCGGUCUCACCUGCGUGUCCCCUGCAGGUGGUACUGGUCUUUGGUUUAUCUGUUGCCAUGGCAGCGCUGUCCAUGGGUGGGGCAGUUCACCUGAACCCUGCAGUUUCCAUAGCAAUGGUUCUGACCCUGAGGCUCACCCUGUGGAGGGCAGUGAUGUACAUGAUUGGUCAGCUACUGGGGGGAGUGGUCUCUUCUGCGCUGCUGCUCGGACUGAUGGGAGAUGUGACACCUGCUGUGAACCAGGUGUCCUCCGGCGUCCGGCUGCACGAGGCAUUCAUUGUGGAAAUGCUCAUCACCCUCCAACUGGUCCUAGUUGUCAUGGUAACGGCGGAGGUCCCUCUGCCGGUGGUGGCAACGCCUUUGUUGGUUGGUCUGACUGUUAGUCUGGGUCACUUGGUAGCGGUAAGUCCAAUCCACCUGGCUGUUGGUCUUCUACAGGGACAGAGACAACCAACCAACCUGUCAGUUUCCUCACAGGUCGGUGCCACAGGUUGUGGGAUGAAUCCAGCUCGGUCAUUUGGUCCUGCUGCUGUAACGCUCGACUUCAGAAACCACUGGGUGUUCUGGGCGGGGCCUAUGGUUGGGGCGUGUGUCGCCGCCCUCCUAAAUGACCUGCUACUGCGGCCGCGCUGGCGUCACCCUGGAGAUUGGUGGGCGGAGCUAAAACAACUGUAUGUACUGACAGACAAACAGCAGCAAGGGGUACUGUCACAGCUGCCAUAACCCAUCUGAGAAGAGAGUCAAUCAUCACCUAACUUCCUGUUCAGGCUUUCAUGAAGAUGCUACAGAUCUUUAUUAACAUCAUCAUGAAAAUCCAGAUUCUUCAAGCAAAGAUUUUCAGGCAACCUCUUUUAAACAAAGCAGCAUAAGCUACACUAAAAAUGCACUCACAGAUAAGGGAUUUUCCCUGGUAAAACUAUCUUUCUGACCUCAUAACUAAUCGAGUGUCCAGAUUUAUUCUUAUUUUAUUGUAUUUUCUUCAGCUGUUGCUCUUACCUUACAAGCUAUCUUCAACACUGUUUACCUCAUGCAUAAGAACCUCCCUCCAGCUGAUGUAUUGGCUUCUUCACGAAGCAACAAACUUUGCAACCCAGUACUUUAUGAUUUCUAGUUUACUGUUAUAAUGUUUUCAGCAUCUUUACAUUUCAUACAUAUUCUGCCAGGAAGAAAAGUCAAAUAUCCAGAAGUUUGUUGAUGGUUGCAAAUAUUUAAUCAAAUAUUAUUUGGGGUGUAAGCAUGUAGCUGAGUUUGUUUGUAUAAAUUUAAACCUGUGUGGAUCAGAGAAAAGCCCUAAUAAAUGUAAACGUGAA